GUGAAAUCUUUCAUUCGACCUUAUCCUCAAUCAACAAGUGGUGAACUGAAGAAACUUCGUUUCAAUCAUAAGACGGGAGAUUUUCAUUUUUGUUUUUCUACACUCCACCAAUCCGACGUUGCUGAAAUACCAUCUAAUCGAAGUGUUGAUGAACAAGUCGUGUUGAUUGCAGAGAUUUACAUACCACAAUCUGUUCAUUAUCCUAAUGGAUUUAUGCUGAGUCUACAUCCAGAUUACAUAAUGAAAAAUAUGACAGGGAAUAUUCUAUCUCUUUACCUACCAAAGGAGAAGUUAAGCAAUAAGUCUGUAGAAGUGAAAGUUGAUAUUUGGAGAAAAUAA